AUGUCCAUUGAGUUGGUGAUGCCAUCCAACCAUCUCAUCCUCUGUUGCCCCCUUCUCCUCCUGCCCUUGAUCUUUCCCAGCAUCAAGGUCUUUUCCAAUGAGUUGGCUCUUCACAUCAGGUGGCCAAAGGAUUGGAGCUUCAGCUUCAGCAUCAGUCCUUCCAGUGAAUAUUCAGGGUUGAUUUCCUAUAGGAUUAGCUGGUUUGAUCUCCUUGAAGUGCAAGUGACUCACAAGAGUCUUCUCCAGCACCGCAAUUCAAAAGCAUCAGUUCUUUGGUGCUCAGCCUUCUUUGUGGUCCAGUUCUUACAUGCAUACAUGACUACUGGAAAAACCAUGGCUUUGACUAUACAGACCUUUGUUGGCACCAUGACGUCUCUGCUUUUUAGUAUGCUGUCUAGUUUUGUCAUAGCUUUUCUUCCAAGGAGUGUCUUCAUUUUGUGUCUGCAGUCACCAUCUGCAGUGAUUUUGGAGCCCAAGAAAAUAAAAUUUGUCACUGUUUCCACUUUUUCUCCAUCUAUUUGCCAUAAAGUGAUGGAACCAGAUGCCAUGAUCUUAGUUUUUUGA